AUGGCUGGCUUGUCGCAAGACAUGUCGGAAGACGACGGUGGUCUUACGUCUCACGACUGGACGACUCACGGCGGCGUCGCGUCUCCUGGCGCUAGUGACUCCGAGCAUGAACCUGCCGACCCAGGCGCGCCUUCACAACCGAUACAGAAACGGCGUCGAGUUACUCGGGCUUGCGACGAGUGUCGUCGCAAGAAGAUUAAAUGCGACGGCAAACAGCCAUGCACACAUUGCUCAGUGUACAGUUACGAAUGCACUUAUGAUAAGCCCUCCAAUCGAAGACGGAACCCUGCACCACAAUACAUCGAAGCCCUCGAAGGCCGACUACAGCGCGCCGAAACCCUCCUUCGCAAGUUUAUGCCUGAUGUAGACCUCGCGGACCCCAACCUCGACCCUGCCGUUCAGCAAGAAUUCCACAAUCGCGAGCAAGCACGCGCACGAGCCGCGAGACAGCACGGGGGUCCUUCUAAUGUGCCUCCGCCGUCCAGCUCGGAUUCAAACGACGCGCAGAUCGUGUCCAUGAUCGACUCGACAGGGCAGCUGGACAUCGACGACAAGGGCGGUUGGGACUUCCACGGGAUCUCAUCUGGAUCUAUGUUCCUGAAGCGCAUGAAGGAGCAUUUCCGUGGCAAGCUUGGGCCGUCGGCAAAAUUACCCUUCACUACGAAACCUGAGCGACCUGCCGCAGGUUUGGCAAACCUCGAUCCACCUACGCCCGUGGGGCAGUCACCGUUCUCGUCAGUUUCCAACUACGCCGAGCUUCCAUCCAAAGAGGUCACUCGCAACCUCUGCUACUACUCUCUCGGCUGCGCGACCUGUCUGGUCCGCAUUGUUCACGUGCCUUCAUUCUACGAAAAACUCGACAAAAUCUACGAUCGGCCUGUUGAAUCCCUGAACCAAGAAGAAACGCACUUUUUGGGCCUUGUAUACGCUGUCUUGGCUCUCGGGUGUAUGUACGAGAGUCUCGAUGAACAAAACUCCCACAAGAUGAGUGUGAAAGAAGCCAUGGACGAAGGCAUGAAAUACUACAAGAGCGCACGAGCAUUGAUACAAGACGUUACGCAAUGCCGCGACCUCACGUCGCUUCAGGCGCUACUUUUCAUCAUCCUUUUCCUCCAAGCGACUUCGAACAUGAGCGCGUGCUACACAUUUGUAGGCAUUGCCCUGCGAUCCGCUCUCCACAUGGGCCUUCAUCGCCACCUCAAACAUGACCAAAUAGACACAAUCGAGGACGAGACUCGGCGGCGCGUGUUCUAUGUCAUCCGCCAGAUGGAUAUCUACCUCUCGACCUUGCUGGGCUUUCCGCUGAUGCUCAACACUGAUGAUGUCGAUCAGCCAUUCCCAACAGAGGUUGACGACGAGUUCGUGACCUAUAACAUGAUUCUGCAACCACCUCCUGGCUCAUCCUCCUUCUUUGUGGCUUUCAACGCACAUACGCGUCUCAUGGAAAUACUAGCCAAAAUCACAAAGUAUGUAUAUCCGAUCAAGGGAUCUGGGUCCAACAUCAAGCGUCAGAAGUCGGCGGCGGCAUCCACGUACUCCAUCAGCUACUCAAGGAUCAAGGAAAUUGAAGGCGAACUCCAGCAGUGGUUCGAGAGGCUUCCCGAAACGUGGCGACCGAGCCCUGAAGGCCCCAUUGAGGUUGUGAGGGUGCGUCACUUGCUCAGGUUCGUCUACGCACACGUGCAGUUGGUUCUGUACCGGCCCUUUCUCCAUUACGUGUCGCCACGCCUGAGUCAAGGGACCAAGAUUGACGAACUGUCGUACGCCUGCGCUGCUGCUGCGAUCAGUGUCUCUCGCAACAUCGUCCAUAUUGGUCUCGAGAUCCGCAAGCAGCGGGUCCUCAGCGGGCCUUACUGGUUCAUGCUCUACACGGAGUUCUUCGCAGUCUUGUCGCUGGUGUUCUACGCGAUAGAGAAUCCAGAAAAGCCAGGCUCAGCAGAAGUCCUCGCUGACGCGCAAGCUGGGCGUAAGAUGAUCGCAGAGCUAGCAGACAAGAGUCUGGCGGCCGAGCGAGUGACAAAAUCGCUCCAGGUGCUGUUCGAACAGCUACCCGAGAAACUGGACCCUGCGAACCACAAGCCCGUGCAAAGCAAGAAGCGUUCAGCACAGAACUCUGGUAAAGCAGGACCAAUUCCCAUGUUUUCGACCGGCCGGCAGUCCAGCAUCUCGUCGCAGCGCACUGGGGACUUGGCGCGUGCUCGUAAUGGGGGCAGGUCUGCACCGGCCUACAGCACGCCCGCGUCUCGUGGCUCGGGCGAUGCUGUGCCCUCCAUGUCUGAGCAGUGCUUUCAGGACCCUAGCUUCACUGGAAUGCCUGAUCUUCUCGCUUUCGACAUGUCCUCUCGAGCCACGUCUGGCUCCCCCAGCACGGCGUCUAGCUCACAACAGCCGUAUGCGAUCCAGCAGCAAGGUCAACCAUUCAAUGGGCGCAACCCUGUCAACAAGCUUGACAACCUCAUGUUUCCAUCGGAAGAUCCUUUUGCCUACCCCAAUCAGCCCAUGAUGGAGCUUGGAUAUCAGCCUCCGGCCCCCAUGGGUCAGCAACAGCAAGCGCAAGGUUCGCAGUUCUUCAUGCCAGGUUCAAUGAACGACAUGGAUUCCCAGCUCCUGGGACAGCCCCCGCCGUACGCGAUCCAGCAUCCCGAAGGCCAACCAGGCUUGGAGUUCUCGGCGAACAUGUUCGAUCCGAACAUGUACAAUGUCCCGAUGAGUGGUCAGCAAUCACACUCGCAGCCACCUUCGACAUCAUCCCAGUCCAUACACUCUACCAUAUCGCAGGGCCGUAGAGUGCAUCCGCGUCGGCAGGAGAGGCAGAUCGAUCAGAUGUUUGAUCAGAAUGGCAUGCAAGCGGACUGGGGUGGUUUUUUUGGGUCUGGCCGUGGCGUUUUCCAAGGCAUGUGA